AUCUUUCCUAUAACCAACUCCAUGGGCCAAUGCCACAUUUUAAGAACGUUGUUCCAAACACUCAAGGGAAUCCGGACCUGAAGACAAAUCACGUUCUUGUUCCUUCACCAACAAGGAACAAUAACAAAUCAGUUUUUGUCUUACUCUUGCUUGGCAUUGUCGUUGGUUUAGUGAUUUCUGGAGCAGUGGCGAUUGGAUUGUAUCUGUUUAGGAAAAGGACGCAAUCUAACAAUCUUCCACUUCAGAAUGAAACAGUUACACAUGCGCAGCAAUCUGGUGAUGAGAUCAUGGAAACAGAGAGUUAUGUGAUUCCAUUUCAGCUUCUCAGAGAAGCUACAGAAGGUUUUUCCCAGAAGAACAUGCUUGGGACGGGCGGUUUUGGAUCAGUGUACAGAGGGAAGCUGCAGAAUGGAAACGUCGAGAUUGCUGUGAAGAGGAUGGGGCAACGGAUAGGAGGAAGAAGAGGUCUGGAAGAAUUCCAAUCCGAGGUUCAGAUUUUGACAAAGGUUUACCACAGAAACCUUGUGGUUCUACAGGGUUAUUGCCUCGAAGGAAACGAGAGACUAUUGGUGUACCGAUACAUGCCACAAGGUAGCUUAAGUAGGCAUCUUUUUCACUGGAAGGACGAAGGGUUGAAACCCCUUGAGUGGACUAGACGGCUUACUAUCGCAUUGGAUGUGGCUAGAGGGGUAGAAUAUCUGCAUACUUUGGCUCUUGAUAGUCAGAGUUACAUACACAGAGAUCUGAAACCGGAAAACAUUCUUCUGGGAGAUGAUAUGCGAGCAAAAGUGUCUGACUUUGGCUUGGCUCGGUCUACUGAAGAAGGCAGACAUUCUAUCAGGACAAAGUGUGUAGGAACACCUGGUUACAUAGCACCAGAAUAUGCAAUGUAUGGAAGGGUGACUGCAAAAGCUGAUGUCUACAGUUUCGGGAUCAUUCUGAUGGAGCUAGUAACAGCCCAGCAAGCUUUGGACGAGAAGCGUUCUGAAGCAGAUCAUCACAUUUCCAGUUGGUUAAGGAAAGUGUUUCUCGACAAAGAAUCUUUUGAAAGAGCCAUCGACGAAACCAUAGAGCUCAACGACGAGACCCGCAGCAGCGUCGAUGAAGUUUCUGUACUGGCCAAUCAUUGUUGCGCCAAGGAACUCGCGCAGAGACCCGAUAUGAGCUAUGUCGUCUCUACUCUUACCUCGCUUGUUGUCCACUGGAAACCCUGUGAGAUCGAAGAAAAAGAUGAGGAUAGAUUUAUUUCAGAGAUGAUAAAGGAUUGGAAGGAGCGCGAGUUACAGGGAAGCAGCAGCAGCAUCACCGUAGUAUGAUUCAGUUUUUGGUGAUAGUUUGGACUUUGGAGGAGUAUAAGAAGAACAAGCAAAGAGAUAUUGGCUUCCCAGUUUACUCAGGUAGAUGAAAAUGUAGCAGAGGCAGAGCCACCAAAAUGGUGGGAGAGGAAUGCUCCAAACAUGGUUGAUAUUCAUUCUACUGAAGAAUUCUUGAGCGCGAAAGAUUCAUUGUAGAGUUCUAUGGAACUUGGUGUACUUCUUGCAGAGCAUUGUUCCCAAAGGUUUGAAAGACAGCGGUGGAACAUCCUGAUAUAGUGUUCCUCAAAGUAAACUUUGAUGAGAAUAAACCAAUGUGCAAGAGUCUGAAGAUUUUUCUCAGCAGCAAAACAGCUAAAUCCAAAAUUCGGCGAAGGUUUGAGAGAUGCAAGGAGGAGUGUGGAGCCAACUAUGGAGGAAAUACAAAAAGAUCGAGAGAUUUGCUGUUUUGGGAAAUGAUCGAACCUUACCGUCGGCCAAAAACCUUCACGGCUUUGAUUACUAUCUAUGUCGCCGCCUUUUACACCGGCGUCAUCGGCGCUGCAGUUACGGAGCAGCUGUACAAGGAGACGAGUGUUGCCUUGGACUGGUACCCUGGGGAGAUAAAUAGGUUGCCAUUUCAAAAUUGGCUUCACUUUAAAGAUAGAUUGCUUAUCAGAUUUGACAAUGUGAGAGUUACAGGUCCAAGACUCAGCUUGUAUUGCAUCAAACAGAAGGGUACAAUUGCUGGGUAUGUGCAAAGAUUCGAAGAAUUAUCUGCUCAAGUCACGGGGUUAGAUGAUGAUAGGCUGCAAGGGGUUUUUAUGGGUGGUUUAAAACAAGAAAUGCAGGAAAAGGUGUAUGAGAUGCAGCCUCAGAACUUGUCUAAUGGAGAAGUUGUCACAGUUCUCCCAACUGGUAUAUUGCAGCCUGCUUGUGCACACCAGCUAUUUGCUCACAGUUUUAGAAGACAACCAAGUAUAAGGAAGCAGAGAAAAUGCUUCAAAACCUGGAGAUUCAAGUUUAAAAACAAGUGAAAAUCAAACAUACUGAUCAAACAUCAGCUCAUUGUUAGUGAAGAUGGCAAGUCUAUCAGUAUUAGUUUUCAUGCUACAGUUGGAUUGAUGCAGAGGGGAAGAUUUCAAAGCCUUACAAUGCAGAAACAAGCUCACAUGUCAAGUGUGCUUCUCAACUUUAGGAUGAUUCAUGCUUGACAAGGCAUGAAACCGGUUAUUAAUGAUGCUAUGUAGCCCAUGAAGUUGAAGUUGUUCUAGAUGAAGUUGUUCUGCUGCUUAAAACAGGACAUGCAGAUGUGGUGCUGCUUUCAAUGUGGGAUUUUGGAAUAUUAUAAAGUAACAAGAUCAGGUUUCUAAUAAGAAGAUGUUUUUUUUUUCUUUGCUUAUAUAUAUCUUCUUGCAGCUCCUUAGCUUAUAACAGCUGGUUCUUGAUGACAAAUUAGCAAAAUCCUUUGUUUCACCAGUAACAGAUGAUAUCAGAUAUGAUUACAUGUAAGUUCCUCAGUUUUCCUCGAGUACAGCCUCAAACUAUAUCUAGUCCUUUCAUUUUUUUAUUUU